UUGGGCCGUGGCGCGUCACUUCCGUCUGUCAGCCCGAGCCCGGCGGUUGUUGGAAGGAAAAAUUUAGGUAAACAGCGCGAGCCAGGCGGCCGGACCGCGCUCCCGAAUCCGCCUCGAGCGUCCGGCGACCGCUCGACCAGCCGCCGAGCGACAGCUUCCGCGGAGACUAAUGAGUGUUGUACUGCCAGACAGUGUCAACUGGAAUGGUCGACACACAGAUCCACUCUAAUCCAUUAACACCAAUUGAAAAUGACUCUGGGAGUCCCUUGGCUGGAGAAUUGGAACAGGAAAUGGAGAAAAUGCAAAACAUUUCACAGUCUACAGAGGACAACAGUUCAGAGGCCUUCUGUGCUGAUGAGAAUCUAACUUCAAGAAAUGGUCCAGGAUCAAAUGAGACUCCGCAAGAUUCUCUUUCUCCAGCUUCUAGUCCAUCAUCAGUAACCUUACCUGUUACUUCAUUAACCCAAGAUGAAGCUUCCACCUCUGGGCUCUGCAUAGAAUGUCGAGUGUGUGGAGACAAGGCUUCUGGCUUUCAUUAUGGUGUCCAUGCCUGUGAGGGCUGUAAGGGAUUUUUUCGGCGAACAAUACGAUUGAAACUCGAUUAUGAUCAGUGUGAGCGCAAUUGUAAGAUUCAAAAAAAGAACCGGAACAAGUGCCAGUGCUGUCGUUUUCAGAAGUGCCUUUCUGUUGGAAUGUCACAUAAUGCUAUUCGUUUUGGUCGAAUGCCACAAUCUGAAAAGGAGAAGUUAAAAGCAGAGAUCCUAAUACUAGAGCAAGAUGUACAAAAUUCACAGAUGGCUGAUCUUGUAUCUCUUGCCAAACAUAUGUAUGAGGCUUACCUGAAGAAUUUUAACAUGAAUAAGACCAAAGCCAGAGCCAUUUUGACAGGAAAAGCUAAUGUUCCGCCUUUUGUCAUUCAUGACAUGGAGACAUUACGUCUUGCUGAAGAGAAUUUAGUAUCAAAGCAAGCGGUAAAUGGCAUCCAGAAUAAAGAAGCUGAAGUUAGAAUCUUUCAUCGCUGUCAGUGUACCUCAGUGGAAACAGUAAGAGAACUGACGGAAUUUGCAAAAUGUAUUCCUGAAUUUGUAAGCCUUGAUCUCAAUGAUCAAGUGACCUUAUUAAAAUACGGAGUUUAUGAAGCCAUGUUUGCCAUGUUGGCAUCAGUUAUGAACAAAGAUGGGCUGCUGGUGGCCUACGGGAAUGGUUUUAUGACUCGAGAAUUUUUGAAAAGCUUGCGAAAACCUUUUAAUGAAAUAAUGGAGCCCAAGUUUGAAUUUGCCAUGAAGUUCAAUGCAUUAGAAUUGGAUGACAGUGACUUGGCUCUCUUUGUGGCUGCCAUCAUUCUGUCUGGAGAUCGACCAGGUCUGGUUAAUAUAUCACAGAUUGAACAGAUGCAGGAGAGCAUUGUUCAAGCCCUUCGCCUCCAUUUACACAGCAACCAUCCUGAUGCUAUCUACUUAUUUCCCAAACUUCUCCAGAAAAUGGCUGAUCUCCGCCAGCUGGUUACAGAGCACGCCCAACUUGUCCAGAAGAUUAAAAAGACUGAGACAGACACUUUUCUACAUCCACUUCUGCAGGAAAUUUACAGGGAUAUGUAUUAAGAAAUAUUGUAGCUUGUUGCCAGUUUUCAAAGUUAUAAAUCUUCAAGCACUACUAAGAAUAACAAGUGCAAGGAUUACUUAUUAGCCAAGAAUUGUUACUCAGUGCUUUUCUCAGGUUUGCUUAACAUGAUUGGCUGAUGUGCCUUGUGAGACUAUGUAGUUUAUUUCAUCUGAUCAAGAUUACAGUAUAUUUUUAAAUUGAUAAAUCCAGUGUAUAAUUGAGAUAUUUGUAAUUAAGGAAGAUUUGUUAUAAACUAAUCUAUAGUUAAUGACCGUAAGUUAUCACAAAUGCUAAAGUAUCUAUUUUCAUUGCCCUAAAUAUUGAACCUAAUCAAUUGUGUUUCAGCAAGAUGAAAAUCAAAUAAUGAUUUACGAUGAAACACAAACUGAAUGGAUCAUUUUCCAUAAAUUUCAGUCACUGCACUCAUUAAAAUGCAGAAUGAAAGAGUACUGCUAUUUCAUGCAACAUUUUUUUUCAAAGAUUUGAUAUACGUCUUCUGAUUUUUAUAUUCAAUAAUUAAAACUAUAUAGCCAGAAACUGUGAAUAAAUUUUAAGGAUUCACAACUUUAAACAAUUGAUGAAAGAUUUAUAUCAUCGUAUACUUCUAUAUUUUCACAUCAUAUAAGUCAGUGCUAAUAAAUCAGAUUCUGAUUGUGUAGAAAAGGAGAAAACCACUACAAAGGAUUACAUUUCUGAACACUGCAAACAUUAGGAUAUCUAUUAUACUAAUAAUCUGACAAAUAAGUCCAAACCGAUUUCCAAACGAGAAUCUUCCAGACCUGCAACUGAAAACUAUACUCUAAUCAUUUUUCAAUGUUCUUCAGACCUCUUCCCCUCCAUUAAAAAAAAUCCAUACGCCUUCAUUUUAUGUGAUGCAUUUAUGGUGUUCAACCUGAUAUUGAAAUUGUGAAAAUAGUGUUCUCUUACAAUAGUGAUUUACAAAAUUUUGUAAGAUUCUGAACUUUCAGGUCAUUAGUGGAAGUAAGGGGAGGGGAGGAAUUUGAGUUCUAAUUAAAGAAUCAAUUUAAGAUUACAAUAGAGCACAAAAGAAUACUGAUCACAUUUUGUAGAAAAGCAUGUUGGUUAUGGAUGCCUCUGGUAAAUAGAUUAGUCUGUAAUCUCUGCCUUGAGGUGUCCAAAAAUCUUCAUCAAAGUUAUAUUAUUAAACCCAUGAUUUUUUAUAUUCUACCCAUCAACUGCAAAUUUAGUACAGGACUUUUUAGUUAGAUGGUUAACAUCAGACUCAAACUGUUAAAUUAUUUUUGCACUUGGGGAGAAAAAGCUGUAACUAAAGGUUAUUUUAUAAAGGAAAUGAAAUAGAAUGUUUUAGCCAAAUUUUUAAAGGUAGGAUCAGUCUGUGAAAUAAUCCUUAAAUACGUAGUCAAUUUAAAAAAUAAAAUUUAAAGCUAAUUUUAUAUUUAUGCAGUAUAAUUCACAUUGACAUUAAAAUGAAUUACAACUCAAACCUCAGCACACAAAAAUAACAGAAAGUCUAAAUUAUAAGUUUGACAAUUCUGGAAAUUGAAUUAUUUUCACUGUUCAGGGACUCAUUUAAAAACAAACUAUUAUGGAGUUCUGAAAUGCCUAAGAUGGCUUUCUAAGUGCUUCAUGAUUGUUGACUAUUGUACAGUGUUUCCCUUAUUGAUGAUUAAAUGUAAAUACUUGGAAACACUAAUGCACAAUUUUACUUUGGCUACCAUUAAAACUACUACUACUACUACAAAAAACAUAUCUAUAAUUAGUAUGCGUAUUUGCAUGUAGAAUAUCAAAUGGUACUGCCAAAUGCUUUAUCAAAAUAAUAGUAAUUCAGCUUCAUGUUUGGGGCUUGCGCACUUUUUUAACUGUUGGUUGCCAUAACUAUCCAUUUGUUGCACAGUACUUUUCUAUUGAAACUUUCAUGAUAUUCAUUACAAACUGCCUUUUCCUGAAAUACACAAUUUCUAAGUACCUUUUAUGAAUUUGUACAUGGAUAUUCCAAUCUUCCACCUUUUGACUCCUAACCAUAGGAAAGAGACUGAAAAUUAGAUUGUGAAAUAUCUAUAACCUAUGAGAAAAAAUAUCUAUGAGAAAAACUAGAAUAAUAUUAUGUUAGAAAAGUAUAAAUCCAACAAUAUUGAUUUUCCUAAUUUGUUGUUUAUGCAGUACAGUUUUAUUUCUAAGAUAAGUUGGUAAACAUUUUCAAUUUUAACCUCAUUUGAUUCCUGCAGGAAUCCAGUUUUGAAUACAUAUUGUAUUCUUUUCCAUUAUUCAUUUGGUUUUAAUAUUUAGAUUUAAUACAGAUGCUUUCCUAAUGUACAGGAUGAUAAAUUUCACAUUCUAUUUAGUUUUCAUUCAGUAAAAUUUUCUAUAGCUAUUCCCCAACUGAACUUCUGUCAGUUUCUUAAUAUGAAUUUUCAACAAAUAAUGUUUUUAUCCUUCUGCUGUUAUUUAUGCACCAAUUCAAAUCAACAAAAUAUUCAUGCCCUUUCUUGGAUUUUUGCUUAUUAUGUUUUUAUUGUGCCAAUGGUACAUUAUCAUUUUUCAGAUCUUUUUAUAUAUUUCUUUUAAAGAGAAAGCAAUCCAAUGUCAGUAACAAAAUAUGAAAAGAGCUUUUUAAAUGUGCUAAUAGUUUAGGAAAGUAUAAUUUCCUAACUCUGAAAAUAUGAUUACUUCAUUAAUUGUUACAUUUAAAUUAAGCUAAACCAAACACAAAUCAGGUACCUGUUUUAUACAAAUGUGACUAACACAGUGCAAUCAUUAAUUUCUAAUGCCCAAGCGUCCUUUUGUACCUUUAAAUUCUUAAUAAUGGUACUUUAUUACAGUAAUUUGCAGUACAAUAAUUGAGGCACUGAAUAGUUAUUAUUUAAUGUUAAUUACAUUGGAACUCAAACUUUGUAACUUACAGCAAAGUGCCUUUGGCCCACGAUGUUGUGCUCACCCUUUAAGCUUGUGUAAGCUCAAUCUAACACUUCGCUCCCACAUAGCCCUCCAUUUUUCUUUCAACCAGACACCUUUAAAAUCACAGUUUAGGUAAAUCAAAGCCCGUUUUUCCAAAGUGAAUUAAUUGUUUGUAAAAUCACUGAGAAUUUCACUGUAAUACCAUAUUCCUAUUAUGCUCUUUGCUUACCCAGGAAAACAGUUGUACUUGAGUUUUGAUUAUAGUAAGGCAGAGUAUUUUUUGUACAGGUCGGGUCGAGUACAAGUCAACAUUGUAAUUGCCAGUUUUAGGGAUUCAAUUAGAACAUUUAUUUAGCAAACAAGAGGAAAUCUGCAGAUGCUGGAAAUUCAAACAACAACACACACAAAAUGCUGGUGGAACACAGCAGGCCAGGCAGCAUCUAUAGGGAGAAGCGCUGUUGACGUUUCGGGCCGAGACCCUUUGACAGCGCUUCUCCCUAUAGAUGCUGCCUGGCCUACUGUGAUCCACCAGCAUUUUGUGUGUGUUGUUAUUUAUUUAGCAAAUUUAGAUUUCUGUUAUGUGUGUGCCAAUUUUUAUGCCAUUGACCCUGUCACUGGGCUUGUUUGCCAUCUUUUUGAUUCAUGGAGUAUCUUAAUUGUUAAUUAAAGGGGACUGAACUGUUUUAAAUUUAGUGCUGGUUGAUACUGCAAAAUUGAUAAAAAUCUAAAUAGUAAAUCAAAAGUGCUUCCAUUGCAGAAAGGGGUAAUAUUCAGGUACUAAAAUAUUCUGCCACUGUCAUUUAGUAUACUACUCACAGCAAUAAGUUAAUGGUUUAUAAACUAACAAAAACAGCACUAAGUAGCAAUAUCCCCUCUCAGUUUUGAUGUGCUUGGUUAUUUUACACUUGUAUUGAUUUUCUCCUUUUUAUGUAUCGCAUGGACAUUACAAUCAUAAGUGGCAUUAAAUAGUCAGAAGUGGCUAGAAAUAGUCAAUAAAAUCUCAUACAAAAUAGUUCUCAGAUUCCAGGUUCAACAUCUGUACAAUUAAAAGCUUUGUUAGUACACUCAAGAUUAAAAAAAAACCCUACAAACACAUUUAGAUUGUACAGAGUUGUUUUGACAAUGUUUUUAUGUCUGUGAUUACUUUUAUGUUUCUGGUUGUUUUUUUAAAAUUUCCUUGCAUUUACUAUUUUUAAGGCAGGAAACAAUUUGAAACUGACUUUAUGAAUGUUCUUAGUGUUGCAACAUCAUUUGACAGAAAGAUUUGUAUUGCUGCCAAGAUAUUCCAACAUGAUGCAUAAUGGAUAAGGUGGCAUUUUUAAAAGGAUCUUUUUCAGUGGUGGCUCUAAUAGUUAGGAAAAUAUAAAAGUUCUGACAGAGUAUUGUAUUCUGAUUGAAUGUAAGCCUUGAGUCUCAUGCCUUGAUGUUUGAAUGUGUUGCAUACAUUUAAUCUCCAGCAUGGAUGUUCUCAGAAGUGUGUGAGCUUGGUUUCUUUCAAUGGUAUACCCAUUUUGAAAAUGAUGAAACUUUGUUAUUUUUCUCAGUAAUGCAAAAACAAAGUCAUGGUAUUUAAAAUCAGAUAUUUGCUUGACUUCAGAUUGUUUGUUUGAGAUCCUAAUUAAUACAAUUUUCAAAGUGCCAGAAGCCUGAAUUCAUACAGCCAAAAGAGGUUAAUUUCUAAUCUUUAUUGCAGAUGAUUUUUGUAAACUUUUAUCAGUAACAUUGCAAAAUAUAGUAUCAAAAAUGCAUCUACAGGUGUCCAAGUUGCUUAUUUCCUCAGGUUAAAGCAAAUCUUGCAGAAGAUGUGUAAAUAUAGGGGGAUGUUGCUUCUGAAAAACAGCCUUAGACUGGUAUUCCGACCCAAGACAGAACAAUAUUAUUUUUGCACUUUAUCAUGAAUGAUAUUCAUCAAUUAAUCAAUAUAUGUUUAUACUGGCAACUGUUUAAAAUAUAUAAGCAUGGAAAAUGCAUGGGGAAUAUUGCCAGUAGGAGGAUCCCUAGGUUAGGUUUCACAGCAGUUGAUAGAAAUGGUGAAAUUUAUCCUUUCCAACAAUAACAUUUAUACACAGAUGUGUUCUGUAACUUAAAAAUAAAGGAUAGUGCUUCAAUAUAUAAAUUACAUAAUGCCUUUUUGAGCUCUGAUAAUUUUGUGUGUGAACGCAAGAGAUUGACGUAUGUACAAAUGAAACUUGUGUUGUAAAACUUACUGAACUUAUCUUUGAAAUCAAGAAAUGUUUGUACCUUCACUUUUGAAAAUCAAUAAAACUGAAUUUAAAUGAAAUGUAAAAAUGUUACAUU